UCUCAGGACGGAAGCUGAUUAUGUACUGCCACAGAUCAGAUAUGACUUGCAGUCCGCGACUUCAUAAUCGAGAGUGACCAAACAUGUCGAUUAGAUUGGCAAAUUUGUGUGCCACCUCUCGUUUGCUCGUCAUCGCUGUAUGCUAGUCUUUCCACUAUCACGUGCUACUCUGUUAGUUCUCUUGAUUCUGCAAGAGCUCUUUCUGGUAGCCUACUAACCAACCCUAAUUAUCGCUGCAUAGUCAACCCUAGAAUCCGCUCAUGCGGAGAGGAUGCCGUCCGCCUCCCCCACAGUGCACGACUCCCCGCAUGGCAGCUUCAGGCAGGCGGACAUGCGGGGAGUGGCCAUGGGGGGCAGGGGGAACAUGGGGGGGAUGGGGGGAAUGGGCAUGCGCGGGCCAGGCAUGCGGGAAAUGGGCAUGCGGGGUCCAGGCGCGCGUGAGGGACCGGGGGUCGUACGCGAUACAGGGAUGAGCGAGCUCGCGCUCCGAUCCAUGGCGAUGCGGGACCCGGGGAUGCGCGACGGGGGAAUGCAUCACGGCGGGAGAGGCCCCGCGUAUGGUGGCGCAUACGGCGGCGCCUAUGGCGGAGGCGUGGGGCGGCGGGAGUGGGGCGCGCACGAGCAGCGGCGGUGGGCCGCUGGGGGGGGGUACGCGUCGGGAAUACCAGCGUCGGGGGUAGCGCCCUACGAGAAUCCCGAGACGACCUACGUGGAGAUGGAGAACGACCCCACGAGCCACGACUCGCCGCCCGCGUAUCGCGGAGCGGGAGACGUGAACCCGCACCUCGCCAUGCUGAGGCGGCGCCGCGCCAUGUACAACGGCAGCAGAUCGUAUUAUUUCUCGGCGCUUGUCAAGCAGAACCUCCCUUACAUAGUCAUCGUGGUUCUGCUUGUUCUUUUACUCAUUCAAAACCGGCGGCAGCAGCCCGCGGCGACCUUGAGUGGGGGGAAUGCCGCAGCAGGGGGGACAGGCGCGGGAGGGGGAGCCUCAGGGGCGGGGAGUCUAGGGGCGGGGGUCAAGUCAUCAGGGGGAGAGAAGAAAGAACCAGGCCAAGUGGGGGGAGGGCAAGCACAAUCACCGCCAGCGCCAGCGAAAUUGCAAGUCGACCCACGGGUGCUGCAGCAACAAGGGGGGGCGCAGCAGCAGCGGGUUGAGGCUGCAGGCGCGGCAGGCGCGGCAGGCGCAGGGGGAGGGGGCCUGACCGCUGGGGCAGCAGGAAGGGGACGGGCAGGGGCCUCAGGCGGAGGUACGGCGGGCACAGCAGGGGGGACAGGCGCAGCAGGAGCAGCAGGAGCGGCAGGAGCGGCAGGCGCAGCAGGGGGGGGAGCAGGCGCUGCAGCAGGGGCGUCAGGCGCAGCAGGGGAAGAUGCAGGUGCUUAUAGCGAGUCAGACUCUCUGUCGGACCUGAGCGACACGGAGAAGCGGCGCGAGCUGGUGAAGGUGAUUCUGGAGGACCCCGGGUCGAAGGUGGCGCGCGAGGCGACGCGCAACAACGUGUUCCGCGAGCACAUGCCCACGUUUGGGUUCGUGCAGUUCGCCAGCUACCGCAUGACCGAGAGCAAGUUCGCCGUGGUGGGCCUGGCGUCCCGCGUGCUCAAGACGUCCCGGGAGCUCGGGCGGUGCCUGUGGAAGGAGAAGCACGGCGGGCAUAGAGUCACGGGGCAGCUCGUUGCCUACUACCCCGGCGACGACCACAACAAGCGGUACGAGGCGGUGGUGCUGGUGUGCGAGCUUGAGGAGUCCACCGCGCAAGACUUCGGCGGCAUCCUCGUGGUGACUGUAGACAAGGAGGACAUAGUGUCUUAUAUCGAGGACCAGGGCCAGUACCCCACCGCUAACCCCACCCCGCCAUACCCGCACCGACUCACCUACUGCUCCCCGCCCUUGGCCACAAAACUCAUCCCGAUGCGCGUAUACGAAUGGAUAGAGUACCACCUACACGUGGGGGUGGAUAGAGUGGUGCUGUACGACGCAGGGGCGCUGGACCCCGAGAUAAUGGGGCUCAUAGAGGGGUUCGUGGAGGGGGGGUACGUGCAGAUAGUAGACAUGCGGCGCGUUGAGCAGUUUGACAUUUGGGAGUCGGGGCGGCUGCUGGCGAUGAACGACUGCGUGCACCAGCACGCCUUCACGUCCCAGUGGGUCUUCUUCGCCGAGCUCAGCGAGUACUUCUCAUCGAGGUCGGGGGAUGACAUGGCCGCUGUGCUGAGUCGGUUUGAGGGCCGCCCGUAUGUGUCGUUCGGCAGCAGGUGGUGGUCGCUGGAGAAGUGCGUUCAAUUGGACGGGGUGGGGGGAGCAGCUGCCACUAAUGCUGUUGCACGCACUGCUGCUGGUGGUGGUGGUGGUGCUGCUGCUGGUGCCGGUGCUGCUGGCACUGCUGGUGCUGCUGGUGCUGCUGGCACUGCUGGUGCUGCUGGCACUGCUGGUGCUGCUGGUGCUGCUGGCACUGCUGGCACUGCUGGUGCUGCUGGUGCUGCUGGUGCUGCUGGUGCUGCUGGUGCUGCUGGUGCUGCUGGUGCUGCUGGCGCUGCUGGUGCUGCUGGUGCUGCCGGUGGUGCUGCUACUACCACUACAAACGCUGCAGCAGCAACAGCAAUCACAGCGGUGCUCGCCCCUCCUGCCCCGUCGCCCGUGUGGGCAGUGGAGCGCAUGCGCUUCCACUGGCCGCAGCUCUUCUGCACCAACAAGGACGAGUACCCGCGCGCCGAGAUGUGCCUGGGCGAGUUCGGGUACCGCCGCGUGGCCGUGGACCCCCGCCAGGUCAUGACCGUGCUUGUGCACCGCACCAGCGUGCCCGAAAUGGGCGGCGAGGACUUGGAUGCUAGUGAGGCGCGGUUCAACCGGUACCCGCUGCUGACGGAGGAGAGCCGCAAGGCGUGCCAGCGGCAGGUGCGCAAGGGCGAGGUGGUGGAGUGGUGGGUGCGCGACGCCGAGGUGGCCGACAUUGCAGAGAAGGCGAGAAACACCCCCAAGGGCCAGCCCCGGGUCGGGUCGUCGGCCUCCUCGGCACGGAGAUGACAGGCGGGGAGCUGAGGAGGGGGGGAUGAGGUGGUGGUGAGGCUGUAAGCAACGGUUGGAGGUUGAGGUGACAUGCGACAGAGAGGGGUUAGGCGGAAGGCAGAAGGCUUGGAGGAGGCAGGUGGCUUGGUGGGUCUGUGGGCUGGUGGGUGGGUGCAGCUUUGAUCUACCAGGGUCUUGCUCGUGGACUGGUUGACCUGUGGGUGUUUGCAUUGGUGGUGGUAAUGUUAUGGAGAGCAGUUGCUUGGGGGGAUUGGCUGAUAGGAAAUCUGACAUAGAUAAAGCUGAGAUGAGAUACAACCACAAUUGAACUGCCACCAGCAUGUUCACAGCAAAGAGGGACUACAGC